AUGUACCUUCAAAAUACACUUCAUAGAAUCAUUUUGUCCAUUCUGGGUAUUAUAACGGUAACAGGGAACGCUGUAAACUUGACUGAUGUCAUUCACGGUUUCCCUGGACACAACGUCGACCCUGCUGACAUGAUGCAAACGAUGCAGAUCAUGAUGCAAAUGCUCUUAAACCAAACUACAGAGAUAGAACAUCUGAAGCAACAAACUGCAAAGAUAGAAAUUCUCUACCAACAGACUGAAAAAGACAGAUCUACAAUACAAAUGCUACAGAACAGAGUGUUCUUUCUGGAAGCGGAACAAAGCGAACUAUCCAAACUUCCUUCUUCUCAGGAAUUUUCUACGUAUUUGAGUGGUAUGAACCAUUUAACAAAAAAAUCGGUCGAAAGCGAGGCAAAAGUUAAUAACUUAACACGCCAGAUUAGUAGCCAAAACAUGAAGUUGGAAAACCUCAGACAGCAAUCAGAAAUAGACAGAUCAACAAUACAACGACUGAACGAGUCGUUGAUUAGUGCAAUACGCGAUGUCCAUGACCAAACUGCAAAAAACGGUAGCAACCAUGCAUUUUCAGCGGGUAUACCAUCAAGUAACUCUGUUUGGUCAAGUGGCACUCUAGUGUUUCCGGAUGUAAUCUACAGCAAAGGAACAGGCUACGACCCCAGUACUGGUAUCUUUACAGCGCCGACAGCAGGGACUUAUGUGUUCUAUAUCUGUGUACAGUCUAAUCACAAUCUAUCUAUCCAACUAGACAUAGUUUUGAAUGGUUCUAGCAAAGUCCAGGCUAUGGCUUGGUCCGACAUUGGGAGCAGCGUUACAAUUUACCAGACCGGUACCAACUUAGUUAAGGUCUUCCUUAUCUUAUAUCUUCAGAUUGGGGACAGAGUGUGGGUCAGACGAAGAUAUGGCACCGGAUAUUUUAGUGAUUCUUCAUACACAACAACGUUUUCUGGAUUCAAAAUUUAGUGAAAAUAAUUUUAGGUAGAGCUUUUGUGCAUGAUAAAGAAAUAUUCAUGUUAAACUUUAAUUUUUAUUCGAUUUA